AUGACUGAUCGAAAGAGGGCCAUGCCAUUUACUACAAGCAGUAGUGCUGAGAAAAAAAAGCAUUUUUCUAGUCCGGAGAAAGGCAAGAGAAUAAUGAUAGGAGGACAGAAGCCGCCCUUUUAUUCACCAUGCCCUAAGUGUGGUAAGCUUCAUCCUGGAGAAUGUUACAAGGGAUAUGGAAUCUGUUACCGAUGCGGAAAACCAGGACAUAUGAUUAGAGAUUGUCCUAAUGCCAAGCAAGGUAGUGGAGCUGGUGAUCGCAAGCCAAGGCCCCACAUCCCGGCACGCGUGUAUGCAGUAACACCAGGUGCGUCGCAGUCCUUUGUGUCUACAGCGUUUGCACGAAUUUGUAGUUUACAGACUGAACUCUUACCACGACGGGUUGUAGUAUUAAUUCCCGAUGGAAAUACAAUAUCUUGUACCCGUUUAGUUAAGGAGUGUCCGUUAGAGCUAGAAGGAAGGACACUGAAGGCUAACUUGUUAGUAUUCGGUCAGAUGGAAUUCGACCUGAUUUUGGGGAUGGACUGGCUUUUCAAGCACUACGCUAAGAUAGACUGUCGGAAACGAGAGGUUGUGUUUGAACCUCCAACUGAAGACAGGAUGAGUUACGCAGGAACAUCGGUUAAGGCCACCCCACCUUUGAUCUCGGCGUUGCAAGCUAGGAAGUGUAUCGAUGAUGGAGCCUCAGCGUUUCUAUUGAUAACUGUAGAGGAGACAACCAAAACUAUAGGAAUCCAAGGGAUACCUGUGGUUGAAGACUUUCCUGAAGUUUUCGUUGAUGAGUUACCUGGUUUACCACCGGAUAGAGAAGUAGAAUUCCAAAUAGAGUUGGAGCCGGCAACAACUCUGACUCACAAGGCGCCAUAUCGUAUGGCCCCUACCGAAUUGAAGGAGCUCAAGCUACAAUUGGAGGAACUUUUGGAAAAAGGUUUUAGAGAUCGCAUUCUUGUGGAACUGAAGGCCGUGGCGGUCUACUAG